AUGCCAUUUGAAAAGAAACAUGCCUCUAAUGUCCCUAAGAACAACCUCGAGGGUGAGGAAAAUCUCAGUCAUCUUGACAAGAUCCACAUUUGUCAGCAGUCCUUUGAACACAAUGGGAAAGAGAAGACUUUCAGUGGGAAGAAGACAGUCCUUAUGUGUGAGCAUGUUUGUACCAAAGACCCAUGUAAUCAGCAACCUGUCAGUGUGCGAGAAGCAAUUCAUGUUGGCUACUAUAAAUCUUGCCUUAGCACCAAACAGAGAACUGACACAGGAGAUAAUUUGUAUGUGUCUAGUGAAUGUAAAGAAAACAUGUACCAGAAAUCAGAACUCAUUAGAGAUCAGAUCCUUCAAAAUGCAGAGAAUCCGUAUGAAUGCAAUGAGUGGGGAAAAGCCUUUCAUCAGCAAUUAUCUCUCAUUGGGCAUCAGAGAACCCACACAAGAAAAAAUUCUUAUGAAUGUAGUGAGUGUGGAAACGUGUUUUCUUAUAAGUCAAACCUAAUCAUACAUCAGAUGGUCCACACAGGGGAGAAAACUUAUGCAUGUAGUGAGUGUGGAAAAGCUUUUCUUAAUAAGUCAAGCAUUAGAUCACAUCAGAGAAUCCACACAGGGGUAAAACCUUAUGACUGUAGUGAGUGCGGGAAAUGCUUUUCUCAUAAGCCCAAUCUGCUUGCACAUCAGAGAAUCCACACUGGGGAAAAGCCUUAUCAAUGUAAUGAGUGUGGAAAAGCUUUUAUUCAAAAGUCACACCUCAUUAAGCAUCAGAGAAUCCACACUGGGGAGAAACCUUAUUUAUGUAGUGAGUGUGGAAAAAUGUUUUCUGAUAAGUCAAGCAUAAGAUCACAUCAGAGAAUCCAUACCGGGGAAAAACCUUAUGAAUGUACUGAGUGUGGAAAAGCUUUUAUUCAAAAGUCACAACUCAUAAGGCAUCAGAGAAUCCACACUGGGGAAAAACCUUAUGAAUGUAGUGUGUGGAAAAGGCUUUCCUUGUAAGCCACCGCUCAUUAGACAUCAGAGAAUCCACACUGGGGAAAAGCCUUAUGAAUGUACUGAGUGUGGAAAAGCUUUAAGUCAGAAGUCACACCUGAUAAGGCAUCAGAGAAUCCACACUGGGGAAAAACCUUAUUUAUGUGGUGAGUGUGGAAAAACAUUUUCUGAUAAGUCAAGCAUAAGGUAACAUCAGAGGAUCCACUCUGG